AUGGCGUCUGCUGCUUUUCCUCAACCAGUUUCACGCGGUGGUGCAAACGACGUAACGGGCGAUUUUCCGGGAGGCUUUUUCAAAAUUGACCAGCGAGAUACGAAUACAGUGCUCUCAGUGACUCUUUUACCAAAUGGACAAAUAUUUACUCAACCUGGUGCAAUGAUGACUAUGGAUCCGAAUGUGAAAUUGAAAGGUAAAUUGAAGUUCUCAUUCAAGAAAAUGAUCACAGGCGGAGAAAUGUCUCAAACAACUUACACCGGUCCUGGAGAAAUUCUUCUUGCACCACCAAUCUGGGGUGAUAUUAUGCCAAUAUCUUUAGAUGGAAAUACCCGUUGGACUGUGGGUCGAGGAGGAUUCUUAGCGAUGUCUGAUGGAAUCACAAAAGAAACGAAGUCUCAAGGUUUAAGUAAAGCUUUGUUUUCGGGCGAAGGCUUAUUUGUUCAACAAUUCACCGGUCGAGGCGUACUGUUCGUCACAGCGCUCGGUGCAAUUAUUACGCGUCAAUUGAAAGCAAACGAGCAAUUGAUUGUUGAUAACGGCCAUUUAGUUGCGUGGAGUUGUCCGUAUGCGAUUGAACGAGCUGGUGGAAGUGUCUCUGCAGGCAUGCACUCGGGUGAAGGUCUUGUCUGUCGAUUUACUGGACCGGGAAUAGUUUAUAUUCAAACUCGAAACCCGGAGGCAUUGUCCGAAUGGAUUAUUGCUCAUAUGCAUAAUAAUUCUACUCAAUAA